GCAUUUGUGUGUUGCCUUCAAUUUCCAGGCGUCGUAUGAAUUUCAACCUUAACAUUCCGGGAUAACGGUUUAAUUUUUAUGUUGUACAGUAUACUGAAGAGGAUUCAAUGUAUAAAUAAAUGCUCAGCGUAUUAAGAGAUCGAAAAUUUCAGCAAAGAAUAGAUCAAAUAGCUGAAAAGUACAGCCAUGAAUUUAGUCACUGUGAUAUAGUUGUUUUAUCAGAUUUUUCAAUUGUUGAGAAAGGAGAUUUCUUGUCAUUAUUACCAGACGAUACAGAGUUGGAUGAUUUGAUUGUGGAUCAGGAGGUGAAUAUCGAUGAUGUGAAUGACGAGGACAGUGAUAUUGAAAGUGUUAUCUUAUCGUCUGUUCAUAUGAAAAUCGGCAACGGCAACAACAGUAACAACAAAAAGGAAAAUAAUAAUAAUACUAAUAAUUGUAAUAAUACCGAUAUUGAUACGGAUACAACUUCUUCUCUACACGAGAACAUUGUACAUGGGAUUAAUGAAGAAAGUGAAGAUGAAGACAAAACUGUAGAAGAGGAGGGUGAGGAAGACAACAGCACAACAAGUGAUGUUGAAAUUCCAAUGAACCGCGGAUACCACCAUGACUACCGUUACUAUAGCAACCAUGAUGAUGAAAAAAAUUCAAACGGUAUAAAAGCAGCUUUAUCAUUGUUGGAAAAAUCAGUAUCAUCAUGGGAGAAACGAAGAAAUCGUUCAAUGGAUGCGUCGACUACAUUUACUAGUAGUGAUAGUAGAAAAUAUUCCCUUACAAAUUAUAGCGAAGAUACAAAUUCACGAAAUACACUUUUACAAAUUAAAUCUAAGAUGAAUAAUCGCCGUUAUCGUCGUCAUCACCGUAACUAUAAUAAUCAUAGUUAUCCUUAUACGAAGCGGCUACACAUGAGACGACAACAAUCUCCUGUUCUAUCAGUAUCUUCAACUUCUAAAGAACGUGUUAUACAAUGGUUAAUAGAUCAACAAUUAUAUCUAUCACAAUUGAUACAUUGAAGUGUAUGUCCAUUUUGUUUAUCUGUUAUAUUAUUGUUUUACACUAUUUAAAAUGUUAAAUCUAUCUUUUUUUUAUUCGAAUGUAAAACUAAACAAUACUAACAGUGGGGAUUUUUUUGCAUUUCUUAUGCAUUUAUUAUUAUUAUUAUUAUUAUUGUGAAUAAUCCUUUGUUUGUUAUUAUUUCCACCUACUUCUGUUUCUGCAUUAAUCCCUUUUUUGGCAGUGAUGUAAUGUUAAUAUUAUUGGUUCGUAUG